AUGGUGGAUUAUUACAAAGUCCUUGGACUGCAAAGAAGUGCCUCACAGGACGAUGUUAAGAAAUCUUACCACAAACUGGCACUAAAAUGGCAUCCUGAUAAGAAUUCCAGCAACAAGGAGGAAGCCGAAAAGAAGUUCAAAGCAGUUGCUGAGGCAUACGAGGUUUUGUCCGACCCCCAGAAACGAUCGCUCUAUGACAGGUCUGUUAAGGAGAGCAGAUCCCACAGCGGAAGAAGAGCCACAGGGAGUCAUAACAGCUCCUUUGAUUGCCCUUACGUAUUCCAUGAUCUCCAGGAGAUCUUUGGGGAAGUCUUUGGAGGGAUGGAUCCCUUUGUAUAUGACUUCUGGGACCCCUUCGACAGUGGUGAAAACUGGUACAGGACAAGUGGAAGAGUAAGAAGCUCCAGCCUGUUUUCUGACUUUAUGGAGUCAUCUGUGCCAUGGAAUUCAUUCAGCCCCAGCGAACAGCCCACCUUCUUGUUUGCUGAGGGCACAGCUGGGCCUCACAGUACCAGGUCAGUGUUUACCACUACUGAAGUGGUCAAUGGCAAGAGGACCACCACUCGGAAAAUCAUCGAGGACGGGCAGGAGAGAACAGAAGUGAAAGAAAACGGCAAGCUGAAGUCUGUGACAAUAAAUGGGAGAGACCACCUGAAAUUAUAA